UUACAAAUUCUAUACCACGGACAAUUAUCGUGUCGUCCAAACCCUAACGUGCAGAGAGAAAAUUAAAGCAAAGGAACGAUGGUUGGGCAUAUGUCGAUGGAGGUGGCGAAGACGGUGUUGGAGGUUGCUGACGUGGCGUGGACCGCCGUUGAAUGCUGCCACCACCAUCAUCACGAGACGCCGCCGGCGCCGGAAGUGAAGGAAAGAGGAGAUUUGGAUAUUGAGGCCCUACGGUCCGAAAAUGAACGGCUUCGCCAAUUGCUCCAGAAUAAUCUGAAUCUCCUCCAACAGAUAUCCAGUUCACCUACCUUAUUGCAUGAUUGUCCAUCUGAUCUUCACGAUCGGCUUUUGGAUGCUGUUAGUUCUGAAAGCUUUUUGAAUGAACUUGCAUCCCUCCGUCAAAAAUCUACCUGCUCAUUCCCUUUUGAUGACCCAUCAGGUGAAGAUCUGGAGAAAGCAGAAGUUUUGAUAAAUGUUGAUCAUGAGGAGCCAAGUUGGUGGGUCUGGGUUUCAGAGGAAAUGGUCCCUAAUAAUGUUGAAGAGAAGAGUCGAAUUGACAAUGAAAAUUAUGUAAUUGUAAGUGCUGAGCAUGUGGUGGAUGGAGUUGCUACCUUUAUGGCUAGAUGCAUUGUGGCAAACCCAAAAGCUCUGAAUUUGACUUCUAUGCAGCUACAGAAAGCCUUGAUGAAAGAAAUGAGAGGCAUGAAUAAAGUAGAGAAAAUGCUAAACAUUUGGCAUGCUGGGAGGAUGCUUUGCACUCUAGCUACAUGGGGUCUUGCUCUAGCAAGUUUGUACCAAGGUCGUGCUAUUCUGAAACUUGCUACACUCGGGGUUCAUCACUCGACCAAACUGGCUCUAAAGGCCCUAUAAGAUAGGGUUUUGUUCUCGUGUGUAAAUUCUAAUAAUUACAACUUGAUAUUAAUGUUGGAAAGAUCCAUGAAAAAUGUUUGGUUCUGUUACUGAGUGUCAAAUGUACAUAAAUGUAAAUUGAGUUGAAUAUUGAGAUUCUGUAAUAUAGUGUCGACUGUUGUGAUUGAAAAUUCAGACUGCAAUAGCAGCGAUUUGGUGGCGA